GCCCCCCGGCAGCUGCCAUGUGUCUGCUCGAGUGCGAUUAACACCGACUCGCCAAAUCCCCCCCACGCCCGCUUCCCCUCCCCGGGCCAUUUGGGACAUGCACGCGCCCGCGCCCCGUGUUUACACGGCGGCGCCUUCGCGCGGAGCCUUUCUGUGGAUGGCGCUGGCAGAUGAGCCGGGGGAGGUGGGGGCUCCGCGCCGCGCAGCGCCCGCCGCCGGCUAUAAAAGCCUCCGGGCCCGCGGGCGGCAGCGAUAAGCGAGCGGCCGCGGACCGGCGGAGGAUGGAGGGCGGCUGCCCCCGCCCGCUCUCGGCGGCGCUGCCCCCGCAGGGCUACUCGCCCCUCUCCUCCUCCCGGUGCGGGGGGCGGCCCGGUCCUGCGCUGACGGCCCUGCCCUCGUCCCGCACUCCUGCGCCCUUCUGGAGACCGUGGGUGCCCGCGCCGGGUGAGGCGGCCCGGCGGAGCGGCCCCUGCCCCGCAGCGCCUCACAGCCCCGGCGAGCUGGCGGAAGCCUCCCGAAAGCUGGCGCAGUACACGCACCCUGUCAGACUAUUUUGGCCCAAAUCAAGGUGCUAUGAUUACUUGUAUCAGGAAGCUGAAGCACUUCUGAAAAACUUCCCAGUUCAGGCUACAAUUUCCUUUUAUGAAGACUCGGAUAGUGACGAUGAUGAAGAUCAACUGGAACAAGAUUCAAGAACAGAAUCAGGUUGCUGACUGCAGGGAAGACUAAUGCUACUUCUAAGACUUAAUUUAAACUUAAUAUAAAUAUAUAUUAUAGUAUUUUUAAAGAUAAUUUAUUUCUAUGUAAGUUAUUCUUAAUAAAACUGAGAUGUCUUGUAAUUUUA